CACCUCGCCCCCUCCUCUCUCUCUCCCCCCCUUCUCCUGCUUCGUAUUCCUUCCUCCCCGCAUGGAGCUCCGGCCGUUUCAAAUAGCCCCCACCCGUCCGCGCCAGCUCGCUCCACCACCGCGCGGCCCGGUCCCCGUUUCCGAAGCGCCCUGCCCUGAUCCGCGCUGAUUCCCGCCGGACACCGCGGUUGUGAGAUCUUGUCGGCUUGUAAAUUGCGGUGCGCUGAGUCGAACCGCAGGCCUUGGUGUUCCGUGGUGCGGUUCCGGCGCAGAUGUGAGGCAGGAGGAAUGCAGAAAUCGCGGAGAGACCUUAUGAAGAGGAGGGCUGCGGCGGCGGCGCAGGAGCAGAGCGUCGGUGCGGCCGCCGGGAGGAAGAGGCGGCUGUACGGCUUCUCCGCCUCGCUGGUCGUCGCGUCGUGGGUCGCCCUUCUCCUCCUCAACACGCUCAUCGGCCACGGCGACGGUCAACACGAUGGAGGAGGCCCUGCUGUUGCCCUCCCUGUUGCCGGGUCUACCGUGAACGCCAGUUCUGUCAGUCCUGAUGUUGUACACCGUGGAGAUGAGGAUAAUUUGGCAGUCUCUGAUGACACAUGUGUUAAAAUUGAUGAAAAUGUCACGAUUUCGGCAGAAACAAGGCUGCAGGAAGAUGAACAGUGUUCCACGGAUGAUGUACCAAGUGAGGACAUGGAAGCUCUCUCCAAGGAUGAUCAAAUUGAGCUGUCAGAAGAUCAGGGUGACAGUCCUUUUCUAACAAAUGUUGAUUCUGGAGCUCCUCCAGCGGAGAAGGGGAAUGGUGAAGAUGUUCCAAAAUCAGCAAGAUUGUCAAGGGUUGUUCCUCCCGGUCUUGAUGAGUUCAAGACGAGAGCAAUCGCUGAAAGGGGGAAGGAUGACUCUAGUCAGACUGGUCAUGUGAUCCACCGAAGGGAACCUAGUGGGAAGUUGUAUAAUUACGCUUCAGCUGCUAAAGGGGCUAAGGUUCUGGAUUUUAACAAGGAGGCCAAAGGUGCUGCCAACAUCCUAGACAAAGACAAGGACAAGUAUCUCCGUAAUCCUUGCUCUGCAGAGGGGAAAUUUGUCAUCAUAGAGCUUUCUGAAGAAACCUUAGUAGAUACCAUUGCAAUUGCAAAUUUUGAGCACUACUCUUCUAAUUUAAAAGAAUUUGAAAUGCUGAGCAGUCUGGUUUAUCCCACAGAAAACUGGGAAACGCUUGGGAGAUUCACUGUCGCAAAUGCAAAGCAUGCUCAGAAUUUCACUUUUCCAGAGCCGAAGUGGGCUAGAUAUUUGAAGUUCAACCUGCUAAACCAUUAUGGUUCUGCUAGCUACUGUACAUUGAGUAUGUUUGAGGUGUAUGGAAUGGAUGCUGUGGAAAAGAUGCUCGAGAAUUUGAUUCCGGUUGAGAAUAAAAAUGUGGAAUCUGAUGACAAAUUGAAGGAGCCCAUUGAUCAAACACCUUGGAAGGAGCCUAAUGGUGGAAAAGAGUCUUCAGAGGAACCCCUUGAUGAAGAUGAAUUUGAACUAGAAGAUGACAAAACAAAUGGCGACUCACCAAGGAAUGGUGCUAACGAUCAGAUAGUAGAAACAAGGACACUCCAGGCUGGCAGGAUUCCUGGAGAUACAGUUCUUAAGGUGCUAAUGCAGAAAGUUCAGUCUCUUGAUGUGAGCUUUUCUGUCUUGGAGCGGUAUCUUGAGGAACUCAACAGUAGAUACGGACAGAUAUUUAAGGAUUUUGAUUCUGAGAUUGAUAGCAAAGAUGCACUACUGGAGAAGAUAAAAUUAGAGUUGAAGCAGCUUCAGAUCAGCAAAGACGACUUUGCUAAAGAAAUUGAAGGCAUCAUCUCAUGGAAGUUGGUUGCUUCCUCACAGUUAAACCAGCUUCUCCUAGAUAAUGCCAUACUCAGAUCAGAGUUUGAGCGAUUUCGGGAAAAGCAGGUUGACCUGGAGAAUAGGAGCUUUGCUGUUAUAUUUCUGAGUUUUGUUUUUGGAUGCUUAGCCAUUGGUAAACUGUCUAUAGGUAUGAUAUUCAAUAUUGGUAGAUUAUAUGAUCUUGAAAAGUUCGAUAGGGUAAAAUCCGGAUGGCUUGUGUUGCUGUUUAGCAGUUGCAUCAUAGCCUCCAUUUUGGUAAUACAAUGAUGUAUGUAUUCAACUCCAUAUACUCGCGGCUUCACAUUGUAAAUUGCAUGAGGUUUCUAAUUCGAAACUGACUGCACCCCCGAGAUCUUAGACAAAAUCUCAGUAAUUAUCUAUCAUCAUCGGUGAUCUCAAUUUGGAGGGAAGAACAUGAAUAAAUGUGAUACCUACAGACAAUUUAGUUCAAAA